AAAAAUCCGCCUCUCUCUGCAAAAUCUCUUUCUUCUUCUUCUUCGCUUUGAAGGGUGGGUGGGUAGGGUUGUGGAAAUUAGAGGAAUGGGUUCGUGUGGUUCGGUGCACAAAGGCCAACAAACACAUAUGAAGGGACGCCAUGUGAUCGGCUCCAAACUUGUCAAUCCAUCUCCCCUCACACUCCAAAUCACCGCCGUUGACCACUCUAAGCUCUCCGCCCAUCCGCCGUCACCUCUUCCACAGCCCGCUCCUUCACUUGACUUUGGUUUCAAGGAAGAAGCAUUUUUUGAUUCCCAGCUGUAUUUGGAGUCUGAUUGUGAGGAUUAUGACUUCCACAGUGUUAAAGGAGAUUUUACACCAUCACGAGGGAGUACGCCCAUCCAUCACAGAUUUUCAGCAGGGGGAUCUCCUACUCCUAAUAAAGCCAAAUCUCCCAUUUCUUCCCCUCUUACCACCGAUCGGAAGAAGAGACUUGCAGAGCUUUUCAAAGAAAGUCUAGGCAGCAAUAAAGAGUUUGAUGCUUUGGGUGAAUAUUAUUCCAUGAGCGAGCCGCCUAAAUCCAAGUUGCAAGGAACACCACCAUCAUCUGCAUGCAGCACUGCUGCAAGCCAAAGUCAAGAGCUCGACGUUUCACCAAACUCACAAAAGCGGGGACAAUGUUGUCUUCCGGUCCCAAGGCCGUUGCUUUCGAGGCUUAGCUUUAGCGGGGCACGGAAAACAACACACUGAAUGAAUGGGCACAUGUAUCGUAGGUUAGGUGUUUGGGUGAGCAACACUCCAAACACCAUUCCAAUUUGUACGUGCCCCUGAUGUUAGACUUCAUUGAGAUUUGAGUGUCGUGUAUAUAGGCACACACAUAUGUGUAUGUAGUUAUAUUAAUAAAGAAAUGUUUUUUAUUUUUAUUUUUAAUUCCAUGUAAUGCUUGCUGGCUGAUUCAGCAAGUGGCCGGCCGGAUUUGCUACAAUCAUGUAAGAAACUAGAGAGAGUAGCAUGAGACUGGCCUGGCAUAUUGGCAUGACCAUUGUCCUGAUUUGUGCAUAGCCCCUGCCAGCCACGGUUGUAUGAUCUGUACAGCCUAUAUUGGAUUUUUUCUUGCAACCCAAUUUUGUUUACAACAAUGUUUGAUGUACUCACUCUUAU